CGGCCCGGGGGCCGGGGCAGGCCCGCUGACGGUGACCAUGUUCCUGAACACACUGACUCCGAAAUUCUAUGUGGCCCUUACAGGGACCUCCUCACUCAUAUCAGGACUAAUAUUAAUAUUUGAAUGGUGGUACUUUCGAAAGUAUGGCACCUCCUUCAUCGAGCAAGUCUCAGUGAGUCACCUGCGACCCCUGCUUGGAGGCGUGGAUAACACAUCAUCAGCCGUUAACUUCUCCACCAGCAAUGGUGAGGCUGAUUCCAGCAGGCAGAGUGUCUCAGAAUGUAAAGUGUGGAGAAACCCGCUCAAUCUCUUCCGAGGAGCAGAGUACAGCAGGUACACAUGGGUGACAGGCAGAGAGCCCCUGACCUAUUAUGACAUGAAUCUGUCCGCACAGGAUCAUCAGACUUUCUUCACAUGUGAUACGGAUCAGCUCAGACCUGCCGACAUCGUGAUGCAGAAGGCCUGGCGAGAGAGGAACCCACAAGCCAGAAUCAAAGCUGCUUAUCAAGCCUUAGAACUAAACAAUGAGUGUGCCACAGCAUAUGUUCUGCUCGCUGAGGAGGAGACAACUACAAUUGUUGAAGCCGAGAAACUAUUUAAACAGGCCCUCAAAGUGGGAGACGUAUGCUACAAACGCAGCCAACAAUCCCAGCAUCACAGUGCCCAGCUGGAGGCACAGCACAGACGGGACACCAACGUGUUAGUUUAUAUUAAGCGAAGACUGGCCAUGUGCGCACGGAAACUGGGACGAGUGCGAGAAGCCGUCAAGCUUAUGCGAGAUUUAAUGAAAGAGUUCCCUCUGCUCAGUAUGCUGAACAUACAUGAAAAUCUAUUGGAAGCUCUGCUGGAGUUACAGGCCUACGCUGAUGUUCAGGUGGUGCUCGCCAAAUACGAUGAUAUUAGUUUGCCAAAAUCAGCAACAAUAUGUUACACAGCAGCACUACUGAAAGCAAGAGCUGUAUCAGACAAAUUCUCCCCCGAGUCAGCGUCCAGGCGAGGACUCAGUACAGCGGAAAUGAACGCUGUGGAAGCCAUACACAGAGCAGUGGAGUUCAACCCACAUGUGCCAAAGUAUUUACUGGAAAUGAAGAGUGUUAUCUUGCCUCCGGAACACAUCCUGAAGCGAGGAGACAGUGAGGCCAUCGCGUAUGCUUUCUUUCAUCUCCAACACUGGAAGAGGGUAGAAGGUGUCCUUAACCUAUUGCAUUGCACGUGGGAAGGCACUUUCCGAAUGAUCCCUUAUCCCCUGGAGAAAGGCCACCUUUUCUACCCGUAUCCCAGCUGCACUGAGACAGCCGACAGGGAACUGCUGCCAUCUUUUCACGAAGUUUCAGUUUACCCAAAGAAGGAGCUGCCGUUCUUCAUCCUGUUCACGGCAGGGCUAUGCUCAUUCACAGCAAUGCUCGCUCUCCUCACUCACCAGUUUCCUGAGCUCAUGGGGGUCUUUGCUAAAGCUUUCUUCAGCACCCUCUUUGCACCCUUCAGCUUUGUGAUGGAGAAGAUUGAGAGUGUCCUUCCCUCCAGCCUCUGGCACCAGUUGACACGAAUCUGACACGAACAAUUCACAGAAAACAGACCAAACUGGCUUCUCUUCUCUUCCCCCACCCCCCCACCACCCAGCUCUCAGCUAGUCAGGGGACACAGACACCUAGGCCAUUGAGGGGGGAGCGAGGGGAGAGCAGCGCAGCACAUACCCCCACCACAACAGCCCGUUCAAAAUAAAUAAAAUGUUUGUUCCCGAGGGAAGAUGUGGAUCAAAACUGAACUGAAAACAUUAAAGUGGAAUUUUAAGCAA